AUGAGCACUCUAUCUGCUCUCGACAGGCACCGUGAAGGAUCCAAUCAUACAUUUGUCACUUCUCCCAACUCCUAUAUCCAUUUAACUUCAGGCGGCUCUGACUAUCGUUCAUCAACUACCAUUUCUGCAUCUCGCUCCAGUCGCCGCUCUCUUGCUGCAAUUGCUUUGGAAAAGACAUCCCAGGCAUUCAAUAGCUUCACAGCUUCCCUUGCCGCGCCACAAACAGGUCCCUCUGUUCGUAAUCCCCCCUCACACACCAACUACCAGAAGCCGCCAGCACGAAAUACCCCGUCUCCUGCGUUAAGCUCCUGCAACAUCUUUGAGGAUAGAGCCAACGUCCAGAACAGUGACAGCAACAGUAGUGCAGGUGGUCGAGGAAGCGGUGAUAGCGGACCUAGCUCUGGUACUGGCGGUGUGAACAAGGAGGACUUACGCCUGUCAAUUCACUCGUUGCGCAGAGGCUCUGUUGACAACCUCACCAUAACCACACCUUCCCGCCCAACGACUCCUAGUACCGUAGCAUCUCCUAGCCAACAGACCCUCCCACCUACUGCGCCUCGACGAUAUACUCUUCAAGGUAGUCAACGGAAUCCACCGCUGCUCAACAGCCCUUCUGCACCUGAAGACGAUUCGGAUCCGGCCAUGUCAAGUGGCAAGAUGCACCAAACUUCUUCGCGCUUGCUGCGAAUGACCAGCAAUGAGCGGCCCUUCACCAGAGAUUUUAAAGACCUCUUCUCGACGCUGAUAGUCAGUCUGAAACUCGAGACUCACCGUGUCCGUUUCUCCAAAUUUGACCACACUUUUACGUCAGAGGAGGCCAUCAACAAUCUCGGUUCCCUAAAGUUCUCACAAUCGAAUCGUAUGCCAGACCCUAAAGAUCCCUCACGCAUUGUCACAACCACUACAACUACGACAUUUUCCAUGGCAAAAGAAAUGGCCCGUUCUCGAUUUUGCCAGAGAAACGGCAUCACUGCCAGGCACAUCAUGGAUGUACUCGAAUCUCCCAGAAAUACCAUGCAGCUGGUUAUAUUAGAACGGGAGAGUUCUACUGAUCAUAUAUCUCACGACCGUGCCACAAUCGAGGUUAUUUUCCGUCGGUUUGCGGGGCAGGACGGCCCUAAUAUCAAGUCGUCCGCUUCGACUUCGGAUUCGGACUCCGUCAGUGACUACACCAACGGACUUGUAGGCGUGAAAAUGGCGAAAGAAAGGAAAGUCGGAGAUAAAGUCAUUCAGAAUUCAUUUACCGGGAAAGCAGCGGUGGAUUGGCUGAUGGACUGCUGCACCACGAUAGACCGUCGAGAAACAGUCGAGAUUGCAGCCUUGUUUGUUAAACACGGGUUGAUGUACUCUGCCUUUGAGGACAAGAAUUAUGUCCAAAAUAACCCAGAUGCGGCAGCUUUCCAACCCACCAAGUAUUCUAUCUAUGCGCUGACUGAACGAGGGCAACGUAUCUGUGGAUGGAUCGCGAGAGAGAAGCCGCUGGUCACGACUUUCGACGGCCGCGCUGCACCCCGAGAUUCGAACAACGCCCGUUUGAAUAACAUCUUGCAAGAUCCUGCGUUGCGAUUACUGUUCAGGGAAUUCCUGCGUUAUUCCCUUUGCGAGGAGAACCUGUCUUUUUAUCUUGACGUUUCUGAGUUUACAACAACUUACCACCAGCAAGAAAAGGCUGGUGCAUUUGCGAAGAUGGAUGCCGUUCGAGAAACUCUUGCUAGUGCAUAUGGCUUAUACAACGCCUUCCUUGCCCCUGGGUCUCCUUGUGAACUCAAUAUUGAACACGCUCUACGGAAUAGCCUCGCCAGCCGUAUGACGCGAGCCGUUGGAGAUGAUGCCUCUAUGCUCAAAAGCUUAACUGAAGUCGUUAGCCUUUUCGAACUUGCUCAGGUUUCUGUCUUCAAACUCAUGUCAAGCGACUCCGUCCCAAAAUUCGUCCGAGAUCCAAAAUAUGCUGUCGUUUUGCAGGAACAUGAUUUCGAUCCCAACAUCACUGGAAAGUCGAACUCGCCGGGUGCCGCCCCUAUUCCAGAACGCUCCAUGAGCCGGUCCACCAGAUCGUAA